AUGUCAGCCGCUACAGCUCCGGGCGAUGCUCCCUCAGAUGCCGCCUCCGGGCAAGCGGCGCCUCCGGCCGGGCGUCCCAGAGCCGGAUCCAUGCGCAGGCCGCUGCAGCCCCUGGAUCUCCCCAUUAUCAAGCACCUCAAUUCAAAUAGAGUAAUUCUGGCAUCUGCCUCUCCGCGGAGGAAACAGCUUCUGCAGCAGAUGGGCCUCGCCAAUCUGGAGAUAUCUCCGUCAACCAAGCCCGAGGACCUUGACAAGAAGGCGUACGGCCCCUGGGAAUACGUCUCAACCACCGCUCGUAACAAGUGCCUUGACGUUUACUCCACUACUUUGGAGACGCACCUUGCUUCUAUCCCUGAUCCCGCUCUAGUCAUUGCCGCAGACACCAUCAUUGUGACUCGCGAUGGGCGCAUUCUGGAGAAGCCUCGGAGCGAAGCAGAGCACGUGCGAAUGCUCAAGCACCUGCGCGACACUCGCAUGCACAGAGUGUUGACUUCGGUCACUGUACUGGCCCCCCGAGAAGACGCCAGAGCUCCGGGCUACGACAUCCAAAGCCACACCGAGGAGACCAAGGUGUACUUUUGGGAAGAGGGCAACGGGCUGCCGGACGACGUCAUUGAGGCCUAUGUCAAAACACGGGAGGGUGUUGACAAGGCUGGUGGAUACGGAAUCCAGGGCAUUGCGGGAAUGUUAUUGGUGGAGAAGAUUGAAGGGAGCGUCGACAAUGUAAUUGGACUGCCUGUAAAGAAGACGUUGACGUUAGCGGAAAAGGUCAUCUUCCAGCAGGACCGGGAUGAUUUUGACGAAGAGGGUUCGGCUUCAGAAUGA